GGAGGGGGACAGGGUGGAGCUGACACAGAGAAGGAAAACACGAGAGGAAGAGAUCGAACAAUAUUCACCGGAGAACCCCGAAUUCACCUAAGAGGGUGCAGAUCGCAGCAAGAUGGUGUUUUACACGUGCGGACCAAAUGAGGCCAUGGUGGUUUCAGGCUUCUGUCGCACCCCCCCAGUUAUGAUUGCGGGUGGUCGCGUGUUUGUCCUGCCCUGCAUACAGCAGAUUCAGAGGAUCUCCCUGAAUACGCUGACGUUGAAUGUAAAGAGUGAGAAGGUCUAUACUCGCCAUGGAGUCCCUAUAUCUGUUACUGGCAUUGCUCAGGUGAAGAUCCAGGGACAGAACAAAGAGAUGCUGGCAGCUGCUGCUCAGAUGUUCCUGGGUAAAACAGAAAAUGAGGUGGCUCACAUUGCUCUGGAAACUUUGGAGGGUCACCAACGUGCCAUCAUGGCUCACAUGACUGUGGAGGAAAUCUACAAGGAUAGGCAGAAGUUCUCCGAGCAGGUCUUUAAAGUGGCCUCAUCCGACCUUGUAAACAUGGGAAUCAGCGUUGUGAGCUACACCUUGAAGGACAUUCACGAUGACCAGGAUUACCUGCACUCCCUGGGAAAGGCUCGAACAGCUCAGGUACAGAAGGAUGCCAGGAUUGGAGAGGCCAUAGCCAAGCGAGAUGCUGGAGUCAAGGAAGCAGCAGCCCUACAGGAGAAAGUUUCUUCCCAGUACAUCAACGAAAUUGAGAUGGCCAAAGCUCAAAGAGACUUUGAGCUGAAGAAGGCUAUGUACGACCUGGAAGUAAACACCAGGAAAGCAGAGAGUGACAUGGCCUACCAGUUACAGGUGGCCAAGACUAAGCAGAAGAUUGAGGAGCAGAAGGUUCAGGUCCAGGUGGUGGAGAGGACACAGCAGAUUCAGCUACAAGACCAGGAGAUCAUCAGGAAGGAGAUGGAGCUGGAGGCCAGAAUAAAGAAACCAGCUGACGCAGAGCGUUACCGACUGGAGAAACUGGCUGCGGCAGAGAGGAUGAAGCUCAUUACUGAAGCCGAGGCAGAAGCUGAGUCAGUCAGGGUAAAAGGAGAGGCCCAGGCUUAUGCCAUUGAAGUCCGUGCACGUGCCGAUGCCGAGCAGAUGGCUAAGAAAGCAGAAGCUUUCCAGCAAUAUCAGGAUGCUGCUAUAGUGGACAUGUUGUUGGAGAAGCUGCCUGAGAUUGUGGAUGAGAUCAGCAAACCUCUAACCCAAGUGAAAAAGAUUAAACUGGUAUCCAGCGGCGGAGGUGAAGUCGGAGCCGCCAGGAUUACAGGAGAAGUACUGGAUAUACUAAGCCGCUUGCCAGAGACAGUGGAGAAACUGACCGGCAUCAGCAUCAAUCAGAGUAUGCAGAAGAAACCUGGACGCAUGUGCUAACUCUUGAAAGUCAAUCAAUUCCUCUGUAUCCGUAUCCUCAUCCUACAUAUGUCUUACACCCUUGUUCUCCUCCUUAUGGUGCCUACAACAGCUGUCUCCUUGUCUUUCACGCAGGUCUCCUUGUAUUAUCACUGUGUACAGAAGCACUUCUUGUUUGCUUGCUUGAUAGUCUCCUUAUGGAGCAGAUUGAGGCCUUCUUCUUGUCAUUUCAGGGACUAGAAUCUGUUUUUCACAGUUGCAUUGUGUUUUGGGCAUUCAGCAUUUGUU